AACAACCAACAGCGUUUGCACCGGCAGUCACAACUCUUCUGGACUUUACUGUGAGUAGGAUCACGUCUACUUGGCACAACUGACUAUCAGCAGAAUGGAUGUGAAACUGUUGGCACUGGUGGCUGCGCUCACCGUUCUCACAUAUGCGCCUCCAUCACAAGCAAAGCCCAUCAGCCUGGUGGAGAGAUGCUACUGCCGCUCCAGAGUCAACAGCCUCCCACGGAGCAUUAUCCGAGAGCUCCGGUUCAUCCACACGCCUAACUGUCCCUUUCAAGUCAUUGCCAAACUGAAGAACAACAAAGAGGUGUGUGUAAACCCAGAGAUCCGGUGGCUGCAGCAGUACCUGAAAAACGCUAUCAACAAAAUGAAGAAAACCAAGCAGGCCCUGUAAAAGCCUGCAGUGAUCCUCGUAAGUCAUCACCGAGGGUCUGGACCGUCAUGAGAGCGUCUGGUAUGUUGUACAGCACUUACCCGGGCUGCCAGGCUGCAGCAGCCGUUUGCAUGAAAUGAACCAAGAGGUCGACAUCACCAACAAUCCACCAGCUCUGCUACUGUCUUCACUGCCAUCACCUUAAUCACCUACGCCGUGUGUUUUCACUGUGAACUGGAGUUCUCUCUGUCACUCUGUCACUCUGUUUCUUUCUAUCAUGUAUAUAUACCAGUCAGAUUCCAUUGGCCGAUAUAUUGAAUAUUAACUCCAUGGGUUUUUUUUAACAACAAACAGAUACAUCUACAGAUACGCUGCACGUCUUGAACGUAAAAUUUGACCAAUAUUCCAAACACAACUGAGUCCAGCAAACGGCUGCAGACUCCACCGAAUUGCAUUACAUGUUCUGGGCUAAUUAGUACUAUGGAAUUCCAGAACACCCCCUCCCGCCCCCGCCGUCCUCCCCACUGUAUCAGAUUUAAGGCGUAUACAAGGCUCUAGUAAAAGUUGCAAUUACAAUGUUUUGUGAUGGAAAAUAAGACGCCAAAAGCGCUGCAGCGUUUCCUGGACCAUUCUGCGGCUGUAAUUAUAACGUGAUCCCCUUUCGCUAAUGUUCAGUCGGAGGGAAACGCUCAACAUCUGGGCCCCCGAGCAACCAGUGAGUCAAAUUAUGCUGAAAAUGUAUCGCAGUGACUGAGAAGACCGAGCCUUCGAAGUGGUCUCACUGUCACUUCCAGCAGUAUGCAGCUACGCAGUGCCUUCGUGGAUGAAUUGAGCUACAUAGGUUCACAGCAGGCAAUGGUCGGGAAUCAGCUUUGAUUUGUGUGGGCCGCGAUGUUACGAUGCAAUUCCUUCAUAUCCAUAAAAUGGGCUGUUUGUGUGAUCCAACAUGCAACUUGCGCUUCAGGUCACGUUUUUCCGCCCAUGGUUGGCUCUUACAUACAAAUACUGAUAUUUUUAUAGUAUAACAGGAUCAAAGAAAUAUCCUGCCUAUUCUAAAUCAAACCACCUCUUUGAUCAACGGCCGUCCUAUCAGCAGUUCAAACCUGUGGCCAAGUACCACAGACGUGUACAUAGAUGUUACUACCUACACCACUCAUGCAAAUAGCAAUGCACUUUAUAUCUGAUGUAUUAGUAUAUUAACAAUAUUUACUGUUACUCACAAAGUGUGACCAUUAAAAUCUGUUUGUUCUUUUCAGCGCGACGUCUACGUUUGUUCUUUCCGUUCUGUUCUCUUGGAAUAGUCAGUGUGCAGCUACAUUUAGGGAGAAAAACUGUCCAUAUACUCGCCUGAAACCUGUUGUUGUUGUUGUCUGUGAACUGAAUAUUAUACAAAAGAUUUAUUUUUGUACUCUUUUGUGCAUUCAUAUAAUCCAUGCAAACAUUUAAAUAAAGAAGCAGUACACUCUAGUUUGAGCCAUUUAGCUAAGAGUUUUUUGGGUUUUUUUACUACAAAAAAUAUAUUUGCUCUUAUAUGGUGUUAGUUUGACCAUAAAUAUGUAUAAACAUCCAACCUCUGUUAAGAGCCAUUCCCUAGUGGAGGCCCAAGGCCAACCCACAUCCAGUCUAAUCAUACUGUAUCUGUGGGUCAGAGGGUAAAUUUGAUUCUUUGAUGUGAGAACAUAUGUAAGGCUUUUACUCACGGGGGUAAAUGAAAGGCAAGGACAACGAUCCCGCCUGUUACUUAACUAUUAACUCAACAAGCGGCCAUUAGGAAAACAUUAGAGCUAAAAGGGAUGAACUUUUAACAUUGCUCGGAGGGCAUUAUGUGAGGCGGAGCACGGUAGUUUGCUGCGUGAUGAGGGUGCUCCGGUGAUUGAAACAUCAGGCGGAGAUAAACAACUGCGAGCGGCGGUCGACUGCCCGACAGAUCGGCUUUGUUGUUCGGUUAAAAUGUGAUAAAAUGUGGGUUCAGGAAAAGUCUUCACAGCAGAUCAAGUCUUUGAUUUCACUGUUGUGUUUCAUUGUGUAACGGAAGUUAAUCAGUUACUGUAUGAUGUCUAACCUAUAGUGUUUAUCUGUAUCUUUGUAAAACAUUAAAAAAAAUAUAUGUUCACUGAAAAAUAUUGCAAUUAAACCUUAUUUGACAAAA